AUGGCUUCGAAACCCGAGAAUCUUCCCUCCUACAGCCAGAUAGCCUGUGUCGGCGCCGGGCUAUCGGCCGUGGCGUUGGGCGCAACACUGAAGCGUUGGUACGGGCUUGAAGACAUUCGUUUCUUCGAGCGCCAUCCAACAAGCGGGGGAACGUGGUACAUCAACACCUAUCCAGGAUGUGGCUGCGACGUCCCAAGCGCAUUAUACAGCCUCUCCUUUGCCCUGAACCCCAACUGGACGAAGCUCAUGCCCUCCCACAAGGAAAUCAAAGAGUACGUAGACGAGGUGGUGGACACGUACAAUCUCCGUCCAAAAAUGACCUUUGGCACGGAGGUCGUGCGCAGCGUCUGGCGCGAAGAGGCGAAUCGCUGGCUCCUCUACCUGCGGGAUCGAGCCACUGGCCGCGAAUACACACACGAAUGCCAGAUCCUCUUCGCGGCGACGGGGCAGCUAGUCGAGCCACGGCCGUGCGAGAUUCCUGGCGCUGCCGACUUCAAGGGGAGUAUCUUCCAUUCGGCGCGGUGGGAUCACAGUGUUGAUUUGCAGGGGAAGAAUGUGGUUGUUAUUGGUAAUGGAUGCACCGCCGCGCAAAUCGUCCCCGCCCUAGUUGACCAGGGGCAGAUCAAGUCCCUCACGCAGAUCGUCCGAACGAAGCACUGGAUUUUCCCAGCCCCGAAUUUCACCUACCCGCGUGUUCUGCAAUGGAUAUUCCGUUAUGUGCCAUUUGCCAUGAGACUGCAUAGAUUCCAUAUCUUCCUCAUCGCCGAGAAUGACUUUCGCUUGUUCCCAAUGACCAAAGGGGCGGCCAGACUGCGGGAGAAGCGGCGCAGGCAGGUGGAAAAGUACAUGCGCGAGGCCGGUCCAGAGAAAUACCAUGACCUGCUGAUCCCCGACUUUGACGUGGGAUGCAAGAGACGCAUCUUCGACCCCGGCUACCUCAAAUCCCUACACAGCGAACAAGUCCUCCUCACAGACGCCAAAACCGAGCGCAUCACCGCAGACGGAAUCGAGACAGACAAGGGCUUCAUCCCCGCAGACGUGAUCGUUCUCGCAACCGGCUUCCAGACAAAUAAAUUCAUCCCCUACAUGGAUGUUGUCGGGCGCAAUGGUGAGAACGUCGCGCAGCACUGGUCGAGAUACGACGGGCCAGCGGCUUACAAUUGCUCGGUGCUCAGCGGGUUUCCGAAUUUCUUCAUGCUGCUGGGCCCGAAUGCUGCCACGGGGCAUACAUCUGCCAUGAUGGCUGCUGAGAACUCGAUUAAUUACGCCCUCCGAGUACUGAAGCCAGUUCUCGAUGGCGACGCUGCCUCGGUCGAGCUCAAAGAUCAGGCCGAGCACGACUACGUUUACUGGGUGCAGGACGCGUUGAAUAAGCGCGUUUGGAACGCAGGCUGCGUCUCUUGGUAUCUCAAUGAUAAAAAGUGGAAUUCCAUGUCCUACCCCUGGACGCAGGGCCACUACUGGUGGAGGAGUCUCUUCCCCACUUGGUCCGACUGGACAAUCAAGAAAAUCGCCAAGCCAGCGUCGCGGCCAUGGGCCCGGAUUUUGCUCCUCGCUCUCGUCUGCGUCGGGUUGGUGGGAGUCGCUCAGUCCACGGGCACUGGAAGGACGGCGUUCCUGGUUCUGAAAAACUACAUGGACACUGUACGAAACAAGAUGCUGAGCAGGUAG